AUGACACAGACAACACUUCUUGCUCUCCAAAUUUSUGGAAUGACCGUUGGUGUUAUUUGUAUCAUUGGAAAUGCCUUGGUUUGUCACAUCAUCGUUAGACUUAGAUCCAUGAAAACGUCCAUGAAUUACAUCAUACUUAACAUUGCCAUACUUGACGCCAUGACUGGUUUCUUUGGAAUAUUUUUUGUCAUCGCAAACGACAACAGAGGUGUUCUUGGUCCACCAGUUCUCCAACAGGCUUAUAAUCACAGUAAAACAUUAGUUGAAGUACUUUGUAGAGUAGAAUGGUCCUACUGGUUCGGUGGAGCUGUUUCACCUCUAUUACUAACAGCAAUGGCGUUUGAGCGGUAUAAGGCCAUCGUCUAUCCUCUUUCAGCCCUUGGCGGCGGAACUAAAACAAGAUUAAAAUGGAUUUUGCUUCUUUCUUGGCUCUCAGGGUUUGGAGUUUACUUUUUUGACAUGAUAACCGCUCAAUAUGACAGGAAUUAUGUCUUUUGCGAUUUCAGAGAUUAUUCAUGGUUCAACCGCAAGGUCUACUUUAUGGUGUAUGCCAUUGGGAUGUACAUUAUUCCUUGCAUUGCUAUGAUUAUUUUCUAUAGUCGUGCAAUUCUCGCUGUAAAAAGGCCUGAACAAGUAAUUUUAAGUCAAAUUGAGGGUCGGCGAGCCAGAAAUAACGCUCGAAAAAGUCUUAAAAGCAGCCAUCUUGGUGACUUGUAUGUUUUAUAUUUUAUGUGGACUACCUUACACUCUUAUUGGUCUAAAUGA